ACUUUACGAGAGAUACCAGUCUUCUUGCUUCUUGCUUCAAGAGUACUUCCUGAGCCCUCAGAACUAAAUUUUCUAAACGUGCUUGUAAACAAAACGAUUAUUUCAAUCAAUCGCUGAUGUUCAAUCAAUUAUCGGUAAUCAUCGAUCAGUAAUUCCAGUCGGUUUGGAACAAAACUUUUAUGUAUAGACAAUCAUUAAUUAAACAACAGUGAAUCGUAAUGUGAUUUGUGGUAGUGAUUCUAGUUCUCUCUUGGAUUAUAAAAACAAUGUGAAUAUCAGGCAGAAAUCCUAAACCCCCAUGAAGCUACAGUAUAUUAUAGUCAUAGUGUAACUCAAGAACUCUUCACUGCUGAUGUAAUUAGGUUCUCUGUUUAAACAUUAUAUUGUCUUAUGACUUUAAUUGAGUGACGUCAGUGCAAUCAUCCAUACUGCCAAUAUCCACAUGAAAUGCAGAAGCUCCAUCUUCAGCCAUGAGGAGGAUGGACGAGCCGUUUGAAACUCGUCUCAGUGUGUUUUGAAUUUUGACAUUCAAACUACAAAGUGUGUAGUUAAGUGAUACAGGGGAUAGGAGUUUUAAAAGAGAAUAGGGAAAAAUUGAGCAUCAAGAGAGACGAGCAUAGUGCAGCAACUAUGCUCUAGUAGUGGAGAACGCUUUUAGUGGAUGACUUUCAAAUGAUGCUAGUGCUUCUACUGUGCGUCAUUAUGAAGAUAGCAGAGUUCUCUGUGGGGCGAGUUAGUCCCCCUUUACCAGCUCCAAGUCGACCGCCGCAGCCAUGUUGCAACAAGCGAAAGCGACGCGAUCGCCGACAAAACCGGAAGUCCAGUGAUAAAUGCAGAUGCUGUUUUCAAAAACGUGCUGGCAAGGGAAAUACGACAAUGGAGGAUCCGCAGACACCAGGCUCCGAUUGCAAUUCCAACCCGGCCACAGAUCCUAUUUCUCAAGAUCUUAUUGGUUCUGAAUUCGUUCAGGACAAUUCUGAGUACCAGUGGUUCAUAGACAGUUACAGAGAUGGAGGACUACAUGUUCACCCUAGCGUUCUUUCCUCACUCUCUGCUUCCUACACUCGAGAUGACCUGGGCUACUAUGAUGACCUUGCACGAAACCUGGAUGCCAAUUUGGCAGAAGUUGACAUGGAGAGCUUUCGCACCGCUGAUAUUCACACCCUCCUCACAGCUCUGCCAGUCAUGUGCACGGAACCAGUUCAACAUUCGGAGUUUAACUACCAAAGGGAACGGUAUGCCAGUAUUUCUGGAUCCGUCAUGGAAAAACUUGACAUCGGUUCCCCAAUCAGUCCCCAUACCAGUCAGGGAGAAGAAUCUGCCUGUUCGACAACGGACACAAUAUCGAUCUGCAAAUCCUCGCUUUUGUUUUCCCCGGUGAAAGAAACCCCCGUAUUGCCACCUGGUGCAAGUUAUAGCGUCGAUUCCUUGGAUUGUGAAGACAUGUUGCUCACGUGCCAGACGAACAACAAAAACAAUUACACGAUCGCCUUCGAAGGCAGCAUAGCCAUGUAUUCCGAUGGCUCACAGGACUUUGAAGGCCAUGACAAGCAAAAAGUGUACGAAGCACCAGAGACUUAUUGCAAUAAAGCGUUGGACUUAAAAAAUAUCUUAAAUUUAUCUAUGGCAUGUUCCGAUUCGAAAAUUUACACGACCUGGAGUAAUCUGAAACACUCGUCCAUCAAUAAAGCAAUGACUCGACAUCCCUCUGGAAAUAAUAAUACUAUUCCGAAUUUCUUGCAAGGAACCGGAAACGUCAUUCUAACCACGGCGAAGAGGAGUCAGAGUCUGCCAGAUUUAUCGAGGACGCACGAACUUCAACAGAUGAAUGUUCCCCUCAAUUUUUCCGUCGAUUCCGCAGCAUCGAGUAACCACACAGGACCUCUCCAAAGUUCCGGCUCGGUGAUGAGUCGCUCCGUAACCGAGGAAAGUUCUGACAGCGUAGGCAACGUCUUAUCAGCGAAAAAGCUUCACAACAUGAGCCUCGUGAAAUUAUUCAUGAAGCAGAAGAGUAUGAGCGCAGAGGGCAUGAGCUUAACCCUCGAUCAAUCGGAUUCAGUCAGCGAGAACGGUUGGCCGACCAGCAACAGCGAUAGUGGAACCAACACCCAGAUCCAUCGACACAACCUCAACAACUCUACUCGAUUAGAACUUCCCGAGAACGACUUCUCCAUCAACUGGGUGAAAACGGACCAUUACACCGGAGCCGGAGAAACCCACAAAGACAACUUCAGCGACAUUCCAAAGCAAACGUCUACUCCGAGAGGUGGUAGCAAGAAAGAAUCCUUGUGCACUUCUAUUGAAGAAUUCACAGACAGCACUUCAAAAUCAAAUUCAGCUCUUGACAGCAGUCAUCCAGAAGUUGAAAGACGUCCCAGAAGUGCUUGGAGUGACACCAGGGAGAAGAGGUACUCCAGAACGAUGGGGAUUCAAGCGAUCACUGAAGUAGAAGACAACGGAGUUCAGACAUCUCUGGUUUAUCCAAUCCCAGAAGAGAAGAGUCCAUCUGUUCAAGAGACGCUCCUCGACAAAAAGCCGAUUUAUGUCGUCUAUCCAAAUUACACCCUUCCCGAUUUGUCUUUCCUCAACAGUUCGGACGCCAAAUUCGAGAACGUGGCGCUCAAGCCGCAGAACUUCAACAAGGAUAAGACCUGGAAGAAACCUGGAAAGUCCAAUCGCCCCUUUUCCUGUAACGAUGUCGACGCGUUGAAGCAGAAGGGAUUUUCUCAUGUAAAGGACUGGGAGUCGCUCACAUUUCUUUUACCGAACGAGUACAAGAAGAUACUUCACGAUGUUCCGGAAGUCUCGAGACAUAUCAAGCCCGGGGAUGUAAUGAAGAAGCCUCUCUUCUGUUUGUCCCCGCCGAUGAGAACGAAGCGGAGAACACUCAGUGAGGUUACCAACAAUUCCUCCAGCAGCAGCACAGCGACUCAACCUUCCUCUGGAUACCGAGGAUCUUCUACUCUUCUCACCGAUUCUUCUACGAAUCAACAGGUCUCCAACACUGCAAAUCCUCUUUAUCUUUACCGAUACGACAGUGCUAGUUCAGAGACGAGCCUCGCGGGCCAGGACGUCACAAAUAGAUACGGAGUUCAGAAGGUGGCGGGUCCAACCCUUCCGAAGAGAUCGAUUUCCUUGCCUCACGGGGAUAAGGAUUCAGUGGAUUACUCCUGUGGCAAAGUUCCUCCGAGGCCGCCUUUGCCGAGGAGUAUUUUGAGGAAGAACAGAGUUGCUGGUAAAAGGUGCAGUAUGUUUGAAAUGGGUGAUGUGGAGGAGGUGGAGGACAAAUCCUCGGAAACUAACAAGAGAAUGUCUUUGCCGGAACCUUAUUACAUUAACAAUGAUCUUCAUUUAUUGAGGAAUGGAAGGAUAGACGACUCGGAUAAGGACGUUGAUGAGACUGAAGAAAGACUCCAGACUGAGAGGUUGAAGGAGGUCGCGCAUCGCGUGGAUUUAGAAACAAUGGACAGCAGCGGAGAAGAUGUUAAACAGUUGGAAGAUUUCCUCAAAAGAAGUGGGUUUUCAUCACAGAGCAGCGAUGGAGACGAUGAGGAAAUAAAAUUGAGGUCUUAUGUGAGAAAAUUCCUCGCUUUAAGGAUGAACAAAGACAUUUUGAAGACCAUAGAUAUGGGCGAGUCCCAGAAAAAGACUGUGAGCUUUGCAUCGAAUCAAAGGAAGUACUUAGAGAAUAUUGCUAAUAUGGAGCCAAAUAAGGAGAUAAUGGAGCCAAAGGAAGAUAUGGAAUUGAGGUCGUUUGACCUGGAGGAGAAGAGGAAAAUGAUCUGGCCGGUGAACAAAGCAGUGGAUUUACUUUUGAAAUAUUGGCAUGCUGAGCCAAUUCGAAGCAGGCAGGGUUACAAUGACAACAACGAGUGUUCUCAACUCUCACUUGGGAAUCUCUGUCCGCCUCUUUAUGCGAUAAUGUCCGACGGUCUCAAACCCCAGUUGAAUUCCACUUUUGGACCGAUAGCAAACAGUGUUUGGCAAGUAGUGGAAGCUUCUUCGCAACAAGGUCCUUUGACGAAAACCUUGAACGAACUGGUUCAGAGAAUCAACGGCGAAGACUUUAUAACUGAGGGAAUGCUCAAAUUUCAUGCUUUCGUCUUCGGAUUGUUGAAUCUCAGAGCCUUGGACGCUUGGUUUGCUUACUUGUGUACGAGGGAGUCGAUUCUGAGGAAGCAUUACAACAACAACAGUUUACUCGUCAGGGCGCUUUCUUGUGGAAACUCUCGGGAAGUUGUUGACGCAUUUUUAGAUAUCUUGCAACCCCUGGCUUUCUGUCCAUUCCAGCUUGAUUUGCUCUAUCAGUACAGACAACUGCACAACAGUUUCGGGAAUAGAAUCGCACAUUCGAAAGUCCCUUUAAGAAACGCAGAGUCGCCCAAGGAUCAACAUGCAGAAGGUAGUCAUUCAAGUCCAAGGAAAGCGAGACCCAGGUCUUGUUUUAAUUACGGAUAUGAUGAGAAGAGUAGAAGCGAUCAGAAAGCAGAGAUGGAAAAGACUUCGAAGAAACGAUGGAGUCAUCUUCAUCUCAGUUCAAAGUUCCAUUUCGAUAGGAUAGGAUCUGAGGAUUCUGAAGAGUACACUGAUAGUUUGGAACAUUCGCCUUUAAAUAGAGCUGGUGCGAAACCUUCAAGGUUGAGGAGUCCGGAGUUGCGAGGAGAGGACGAAGAUGUGGUUCCUGGGGAUGUUAAGUUUAGAAAGUUGCAAGAGAAAUGGGAGUUUAUGUUGGGAAAGGAAGAUUCCAAGGAACAUGUUGCACCUCCUCCUUCUUCUCCGAAUAGAACUCCUACGAGUAUGGGGAAGUCGAAAAUUCCCCGGUUGCUCACCUCACCUAUUAAACAGACCUCGAAUUUGACGGGUAUUCCGGGAAAAAAUACAAAACCAACCCUUACGGGAAUUCCGGCUUUCAAGAAGACCCCGGGACAAUUACCGAAAGCUUUGCCGAAGAAACCUGAUUGCAGGGGGAAGGAUGUUACGAGGAGGACGAGUCGAGUGGAUCAGGAUAGUUUAAAUAAUACAAAGACUCAUCUGACGAGGCCGAGUUCUCUCCCUUAUAAAACUUACGGAGUUGCGAAGGAUAAGGCUUUGGUGUCGCCUCAAAGGAGAGCUGCGUCGACUUCCUUACCAAGACCUACUUCUGCUAUUAUCACGAGAAAUGUCCCUGCAAAGACACCCAAACUGGUUCGAACCCUAACUCACAGAUACUCAUCAGAUGACGGACACCUUGCUUUCAGCGAAGGCGAGAAGCUAAGAGUAAUAUUGGAAGUAGACAACAAAUGGCUCUUGUGUGCAAGAGGAGAACGAAAAGGUUUGGUUCCCAGGACGUGUGUUCACGCCCUGCAAACAUAACCCACGGCCUCCCAUCGUCUUUCGACGAUCAGUUUCCCCAAAUUUAACUAAAGAGAGAGAGAGAGAGAGAGAAAGUGAACAGGCUCACUAAAAUCGAAAAUUAAAUCUAAGAUCGAAACUCAGUAGAGUCUCGUUUGUCGCGACGGCUCUCUUGAGUUUGGAGUCGCAAUACCGGAUACCGGACAAAGAAAAGUACAUGUAUAGUGUAUAAUGAAAGAGAAUAAUCGCGUAGGAUCGUUUCCGUAUAACGACGCAGUCAUCUUAGUUACCCUCUAAUUUAUAAAAUUAUUUUAAAAAAACAACCAUUCGACGCUUCAUUUAUAUAUUGAAAACUGCAGUAGUAUUAUGAUUAAUGUCGCAAGUGAAUGAAUAGAGGUACUGCUAGUCAUAGGCUCUCGAACCAGAAUGUAUUUAAUAAGUUGAACAUACACUAUUUAUAAUCCCAGAGAUGUACAUAAUUAUAUACAGUAACUGUAGUGACGCUGGUUAUUCUGAUGAGAAUGAGAAUGAUAAUGCUAAUAUGAGGAGGUCGAAUAAUUUACUUAUGUAUAUCAUAACACUAUAAAUGUAACUGUGAUCAUAGCAAAUAGGCUCGUAAGUUUAUUAAGAUUAUUGAGGAUGUGCGAGACGAACUUUUUUGUUACAAAACCUUAUACCUUUUUUAAAAAAGUUUUAUUGUUUCUCGCUUAGCGAGAUCGUGCGCACAGGUUUCCUAAAUAUUUUAUGUUGUACCUAUUCUUAUUACAUUUUAUGUAUGAUUAUAUUUGCUGGAAUUCUUAGGUUUUCUCGAAAAUUCGAAAGAAGUAUUCCGAUCGGAAGAAAUACUUCAAUUUAAGAGAAUAAUUUAUUUGAGGAAAGUCUUUUAGACGCUAUUUCGGAUAAUUUGUUUAUCUUAGUAUAAUUCAUGUUCGUCCCCGAAUUGAUAAGAAGUAUUAAAAGUACAUUUUAUUGUAAGUAUUAUCGCUUUUGUGGCUACUUUCUGAUGCAAACUGAUGACUCUGAGAAGCAAUUUCCUUGGCUAUGCUUCCUUUAAUUAUUAUAUAAAGCUUUUUAAAGAUUAUAUUAUAUGUCAAAGAAUUUUUAUACGUUUCGAGAAGAGAUUUUGAAAGAGAUGAAUAAGGACGAGCCUUGUGGAAAAACAAUGGUCACUACGAAAUUGGUGUUUUGUUUACAAAUUCCUGAACAUGUUGAUCAGAGAAUAUCGGGGAAAGAUAUCACUCAAGAAAAAAUAUCGCUGGAAACACAUCUGCCUUGGAUGACAUUUAUUAAUGCGUAAAUAAUGAAUAAUAUGAUGUAUAUGUUUACACAAAUAAAACGUCAAUAUAUUAAAAUG